AGAGAGAGAGAGAGAGAGAGAGAGAGAGAGAGAGAGAGAGAGAGAGAAGCAUCUGUGACUAACAGAGUCAAUCUAUUGCUGCAACAAGUGGACAUUUAACUCAACAUUUAAUUUUCCUUGAAGAUCUUUCAUUUGAUUUUUUUCAAAGCUUCUCACAAAGAGCAAAAUGGUGAACUGUGGUCUGUUGACAAACAUGAAUGAGCCAGUUCCACUAAAGAACAUCGAGGUGGAUCUGCAGGUUCAGGGGCAUGUAGCGACAGUGACCUCCACCCUGAAGUAUAUAAAUGAGGAAGAUAACACCCUGGAAGCAGUGUUUGUCUUCCCCAUGCCUUCAGGAGCUGCUCUUUGCCAUUUCAGUGCCAAGAUUGCAGAUCAGGAGAUAGUGGCUGAGGUGCAGGAGAAACAGGAGGCGCGGGAGCAGUACGAUGAUGCACUGAGUUCAGGUGAACAGGCGUUUCUGCUGGAGGAGAGUGAGGAGUCUGCGGACGUGUUCAGGCUCAGUGUGGGCUCUCUGCCUCCACACCAGAGUGCCGCUGUCACCUUCAUCUAUAUCAUUGAACUGAGUGUGCAGGCUGACCAUUCACUGCAGUUCUGUCUGCCUGCAGUACUCAACCCUCGCUACACACCAGCUGGUACAGGGGGUGGUAUAGUGUCAGAGAUAACAUCAAGUUCUACUGGUAUCCCCUACUCCCUCUCUUUUACUGCACAUAUAAACUCUCCAAACCCCAUUACUAAAGUGGAGUCCAAAUGUCCUCUAGAGCCUCUGAUGUUCGUCAACACAGACCACACCAAGGCAAAGGUAAGUCUUGGUGCAGGUCACAUGUUUGAUCGAGAUGUCGAGCUGUAUCUAUAUUAUCAGAAUCCCCAUCAGCUCACUGCUAUAGUGGAGGCUGGAGCUCCUGCAGCAGAGUCAGGAUCUCUCAUGGGAGAUCCAGUGGUCAUGGUCAGUUUCUAUCCAGAGUUCCCUGAGUCAGUGAUGUCCUCCAUGUCGAAGUGUGGUGAGUUUGUGUUUGUUAUGGACAGAUCUGGCAGUAUGUCCUGUAAUAUGCAUAAUGGACCAGGUGAACGCAUCGACUGUGCUAGGGACACUCUUCUCCUGCUACUGAAGAGUCUCCCCAUGGACUGUUACUUCAACAUCUAUGGCUUUGGCUCUCAUUAUAGUUCCUUCUUCCCUAAAAGUGUGCAGUACAAUCAGGACACAAUGGAGAAGGCGAUGCAGAAGGUAAAGGAGAUGCAAGCAGACAUGGGGGGCACAGAGAUUCUGCCUGCUUUGAAACACAUUUACAAGCAACCUUGCAUCUCCAACCACCCAAGACAGCUCUUCAUAUUUACAGAUGGUGAAGUAGGAAACACCAAAGAUGUUCUUCACUGUGUCAAGAGCAAUGCUAAAUUCCACAGAUGCUUCUCAUUUGGGAUUGGUGAAGGUGCAAGUUCUGAACUCAUUACAGGAUUGGCUGAGAACAGCUGUGGCCACGCCCAGUUCAUCACAGGAACUGAUCGCAUGCAGGCAAAAGUAAUGCAGUCUCUUCGCUAUGCUUUACAACCAGCAGUGACGGAUAUCACUGAGGACUGGUUUGGAUUGUCUUUCUCUCAUCUGAGCCCCAAAAUUAAAUCAAUGUUCCAUGGUCAAAGAGCACUGAUUUAUGCCCAGUUGAAAGGAAAGGAAUGUCAGAACCCAGAUGCUAAGGGAAAAAUAUCAGUGCAGUAUCGCUUAGGGGGUCAAAAGGUCACAAACAGUGUUGACUUCUUCCUGAAGCCUGUCGAGAACACAGGGAUGGCCAUCCACAGGCUUGGUGCUCGCUCUCUGAUCCGUUCUCUGGAAAGAGACGAGAGGGUUGAUGGAGCUGAUAAAGAUGCUCUGAAGGCCAGAGUGGUGAAACUGAGUAAGCAGUGUGGAGUGAGCAGCUCACACACAGCCUUCAUAGCUGUUCAUAAGGGCAACAAACAAGCUGUGAAGGGGCCGCUGGUGAAGAGGAGAAUUCCUACCCCGGUAAUGAUGGGACGUUCAAUACGAUUAGGUUCUAGUCCAUGGGCUCCAUCUACAUAUUCCAGUUUCUCUACAAAGAUGAAAGGAUUUUUUAGCUCUUCGAAAAGGGAAAAGUGUACCAUCAAGUCCCAAGUCUGUUGUGCCACACCAAGUUACAGUUCUUUAACAAUGAGUGAUUCUAUGGAUAUAGACUGUGGAACAACAGAUUAUAAUAGUUGCAGACGCUCAGAUAACAACCGAGAAAGGAAAGUUUUUAUGGAUAUAGAUUGUGGACCAACAGUUUAUAAUAGUUGCAGACGCUCAGAUAACAACCGAGAAACUCCAAAGACUCGAAAGGACCCAAUGAUGGAGCUCAUCUCUCUCCAGAAGGCUUCAGGUUGCUGGGAAAUUGGUUCUACACUUGCAGAAGUGUUUGGGAAAACAGAAAAAGAGCUGAUCGAGAAGAUUCCUGCACAGGUGAAGCCAGAUGUCUGGGCUACACUUCUGGCUCUUAUUUGGUUGCACGGCUUUAAGAUCGAUGCUCAGGUUGAGUGGCAGUUUUUGGCCAUGAAGGCAGUGUCAUGGAUCCAUAGUCAUAAAAUGGUCAACCAGUCAGAGUGUAUACAGGCAGGAAACUCUUUGCUGGGCUGUCAGGUUACAGAAGAUGCCCUUUGCCUCUGAACUCUUUCAUCCCGCAGCAGCCACGAGAAAGUCUAAUUCUUUAAAAAAAAAAAAAAAAAAAGCUUUCAUUAGCCUGAUUAUCUCUAUAAAUGUAUUGCAACAGCAAGGCAGGUUUUAUUUUUUUUCUAUAGACUGAAUUCAUUUGGAUUUGAGAUCAAAAAUGUAUGAGACAAUAGAUCAGAAUUACAGCUUUAAAUCCCUGAUAUGUCCAUUUACAUCUAGCUUAGAACAUGCUCCUUUUGUUUGAACACAUCCAUUUAUUAACUGAUCAAAAAUAUUGGCACAUGUAACUGUCAGGCAUUUUGCAUUGCCCAGUUAGUUAAUAGUACUGAAUAUCUACUCUUGCUUUGAAAACCAGAGAGCUGUCAAUUCGAGAAAAGCAAACUAUUUUGAAUCUGAGAAUAGAGGGAAACAGAUCAGAGUCAUUGCACUAGCGUUGGGCAUAGCAAAUAAAACAAUUUGGAAUGUCCUGAAAAAGUAACCACUGGUGUACUAACAAGCAGAUGUUCAACAAAUGGGCCAAAGAAAACAACAGUAUUUUAAGAGUUAUGAUGAAAAACCCAAAUAUGACAGUCAGUGAUGUCUGUUCACGGGGCAGGUGUGAAUGUAUACCACAAGAUCUAAACAUCUUAUAAGCAGUAAGGAUCAGAAGGUCAGAUUGAAAUUCAAAAAGAAGUAAAGAGAUAAGUCAAGUUCUGAUGCAGUUAUUGCAAAUAAGGGCUAUUUACAUUUACAGCAUUUGGCAGACGCCCUUAUCCAGAGCGACGUACAUAAGUGCUUAAGUCUCUAGCAUUGAAUACAUUAAUGCUGGCUCACAAGGUUACAUUCUUAAGAUACCAUGAGUUUAAAACAUUUGUUCAAAGUUACAGUGAAAAAGUGUCAGGUUUUUUUUUUUUUUUUUUUUUUUUUUUAAAUAAUGCAAAAGAUAGGGAAAGAAGUGCUAGUUGAAGUGUUUCCUAAAUAAGUAGGUCUUCAACCGCCGUUUGAAAAUAGCCAGUGACUCAGUUGUCCGGACCUCUAGGGGAAGUUCAUUCCACCACCUUGGUGCCAGAACAGAGAAGAGUCUUAAAGUAACCAAAUAUUAAGUGUUAUUUACUUUUGUUAUUUAAAGACAGUUUUUGACCUGCUAUUAUACUUUUCCUCACAUAAUUGGGUGGUCUGCCACCAAAGGUGUUGUGUUAUUGAGUUUAACACAUCUAGACGUAAAUGUCAUUAAAUAAAUGCUGAAAUUCUGAUCUAUUAUCUUAUCGUAUUCCAUUAAUAACAAAAACAAGAAUACAAAAAAAGAGAAUUUGCCUUACUGUACAGAACUUUUGAAUAUCUUUGCACAGAUUUGUUUGUCAAUUGCAAAGAAUUCAGUUAAAAUACAACAGUGACAUUAUGUUUAUAAAAUCUUUCCUUUAGUUCAGGUUUUAGUUUAACAUGCACUGAUGUUAUCCAACAAUUUCCAGAUGUAUAAAAUUUAAAAUAGUUAAUGACAACAACAAUAUUGAAGUGAGGGAGUGACAGGAGAAAGAGGGCUGGGCUUUUACUAUAUACUUUACUUUUAUUAUAUCUGCUAGCUAAAAUACUGUAUGUUUGCUUUACUUAAAUCUUACUUUUUAAGAGCUUAUUGUGAGAACGGAUACAUUCUGUUAAUUGGUAAUCAUCUUAAUAAAACUUAUCUGUGCA